AAGGACUACUUCCCGUACGAGCAGAAGGAACCGUUCGUCUACUCCCACCUGGUGGGCCUCCUGCUCUCCUUGCUGCCGGCAUCGCUGGUCAGCGUCGGAUACGGCGCCAACAGGGUGUUCGGCGCCUCCCUGCUGACGCUGUCGGUGCUGCUCGAAGUGGCCCCUCUGGCCAUCCACCUCGGCAUCCACGGACUGGCAGGAGCGCAGUUCCUCAACGGAGCAGCCGAGGGGUUCCUGGUGACAUCCCUGUAUGGUGUGCUGGCUGAUUGGACUCCCGUCGACGAACGAACGACGAUGUUCGCCGUCCUCACAUCCACUACCCUGCUUGGAGGCCGGUGCAUGUUUGAAGCGGUCGAAUUCGAAUUCGUGACGUCACCUGUGAUAUACGCAAACGUCACGUUGGGUCUCGCCUGGUUCGGCCUCUGGUACCUGCUGUUUUUCGACGAUCCCUAUAACAAUGAGUCGGUGACUGAGGACGAGCGGCUUCGCAUCACCGAGGGAAAUGGCCGGACACUGUCGGACUCACAAGUGCACCGCGUCCCCUGGCACCAGAUUCUUCGCAGCACUCCCGUCCAUCUGGCGUGCCUGUGCGUGGCGGCCGGCAUGGCGGAGCAACGGCUGGGCAAAUACAACUACCUCAUGUACCUGGGAGGCGUUACCAGCUUUCCUGCCCUGUCUUCGGUGCUGGCGCUGGCAGCGGCCGUGGUGACAAGCGGCGUGGUGAGCGACCUGCUGCGUGACAAGGGCUGGCUCACCACCACUGGUACCAGGAGGCUCACCUGUUCAGGAGGAUUGAUUAUCCACGCCUGCGCAACGAUGCUACAAGGGUUGAAGGAAAACCAUUGGAUAGAACACAUAGCCAUGACAGCCCUGGGAGUCUUCUUCGUAGGGAUCGAGACGAGUCACGUGGACCUGGCGCCCCAGCACGCGCCCGUACUCAAAGCGCUUUCGGCCACCACGCUCGAGGUUGUGCUGGGCGGCAUCAGCGUGUUCGUCAUCGCCGAUGCAUCUUCCCUCACGGGCCACCGACUGGCGCACGUCUUCAUUCCGGUGGCACAAGUGGUGGCCGCCCUGCUGUACCUGUUGUACGGCCGCGCAGACUGCAGCCCUGGCACGGGCAGCGCCGCGGGCUUCUCUCUCUCAGUCGCAAGCCGCUGCCGGGUAGAGAGUGAGGAGGACCGGAAAGGAGCGUCGCUGCUGAGGCUAGCUGUGAGAAAGUCAGAGGGGAACGAAAGGGUGACGACCGAGGAAUUGGAGCUGCAGCAGCAGCAGCAGCAGUACGGACCAGCCUGGUUGCUCAGCAAUAGAGUAGCUUCAGCUACUACGCUCGUUCCGGCAGCACACUGGAGUCGGGUCAGCGACCUGUAA